GACGAUGAGUGACAUAUUUCCGGUAUGUACGUCGCCCCAAUGAACGAUAAGCCAAUUAAUUAAGCUGAUGCCUAACGGUCGCAAGUAUCAUCGAUUCGUAUCAAUUGGUCGAGUUUGAGCGGGAUCACAGUUGAAGUUGCAGUAUAAAAAUCUAGAACGGAGACAGAGAAACGCGAGGUGGAAAAGACGCGAAAAAAUAACGAAAACAAGCAGGGAAGCAGCGAGGAAGCAGCGAGAUGCCGAUUGAUUUUUAUUACGUACCGCCAAGCCCACCCUGUCGCACCAUUAUGCUACUCGCAAAAGCACUAGGCAUUCAUUUUAACUUGAAGAUCGUAGAUGUUUCCAGAGGGGACCAUUUGACGCCGGAAUUUUUACAGAUUAAUCCGCAACAUACAAUACCGACCAUCGAUGACAACGGUUUUAUUCUGUGUGAAAGUCGUCCUAUUAUGGCUUAUUUAGUCAGCAAAUACGCAAGAAAUGACUCGCUUUAUCCGAAAGAUCCGAAAGAAAGGGCAGUAGUCGAUCAAAUGAUGUAUUUCGAUGCUGGCAGUCUCUAUUUCAAUCUUACCAAAUGUUACAUUAUGCCAAUAAUCCGAGGUACAGCAUAUCCAGUUAACGAGGCGGAUCUAGCUCGAGUGGAGAAAUCGUUCGAGGUGCUCAACGCUUUUCUCGACGGCAGGGAAUUCGCGGCCGGUGAUAACCUGACUAUCGCCGAUUUCACUAUCAGCACAACUAUCUGUACGAUACUGGUACGUCCGUCAGAUUUCAAGAUGCCCAUCGAUCUUUACCAAGUUCCCGGAAGUGCGCCAUGUCGGGCCGUGCGCUUGGCGGCGGCGGCCGUAGGAGUGGAUGUAAACCUGAAGCAUACUGACCUUAUGGCUGGCGAACAUUUAAAACCUGAAUUUCUUAAGAUGAACCCACAACAUACAAUACCUACACUAGAUGAUAACGGCCUAUAUUUGUGGGAAAGCCGCGCAAUUAUGAGCUACUUGGCUAAUCAAUAUGGCAAGAACGAUUCUCUCUACCCGAAAGACCCAAAGAAACGAGCUGUGGUUGAUCAAAGAUUAUACUUUGAUUUGGGAACUCUGUACCAAUCGUUCGCCGAUUAUUACUAUACAUUGGUAUUUUCUGGCGUCACUCCGGAGCAAGCAAAAUACGACAAGGUCAACAAUGCCUUGGCCUUUUUGGAUAAAUUCCUAGAAGGGGAAGAUUAUGCAGCAGGAAAAACUCUCACUCUUGCUGAUCUUUCUUUGGUUGUUACGAUUGCUAAUUUUAAGCUUAUGGACCACGACUUGAGUAAAUAUAGCAACAUUCUGAGAUGGUUUGCCAAGAUCCAAGCCGAAGCUCCUAAAUACAAUGAAAUCGAAGGCGAAGGUACAAAAGCCUUCAAAGCUUUCGUCGACAACAUUAGAAAAAAGAAGUGAUUUUGUGAUGAUUUAAUAGUUGUAUAAUACAUUGGUGCUAUAAUAUUUUUACAUUAAUUUGUCUUGCAGUAUUUUUAUACAUCAUGAAUUUUGAUUUUGCACAAAUAAAUUACGAUUAAACAAAUUAA